CCCCCGGUAGCGUCCCUCAACGCACCGACCCCUCUCAUCAGGCGGUGACACGGCAGGCAUUGGCAACCACUUCUGUGCUUCCAACUGGCCGCUGAGAACCGCCGACGCCUACUCCUACUCCCCACUCUCUCCUCCAACCUCCUCCUUCCCCUCGUCACUCAUCGCCCGCUAGUACCGCCUGGGUUUCGGAUACACCUACUCUCUCUCCGCACUCUCCUUUCCAACAACUAUCCCCCUCCCCCGCCUUCCUCCUCCCUCGUCAUGGACCUCGUCGGCGACUUUGGUAGCCCCAAUCGCGUAGUCGAACUGUGGCCCCGUCAGGCCUCUGACUCGCCCGGCUGCGUUCCUAUCGAGUGUCCCUCGGAGAAGCCAGUAUGCAACUGCAAGGCCGGCGAGGAGUGUCAGGUCAUCUACAGGUCCUGCAGCACUUGCUCAUACGUCCAAUGUAAGCCUAUCGCGUCGGCGGGGGGCGGCGGGAUAAACCCCGGCAUCAUCGCUGGGCCCAUCGUUGGUGCAGUCAUUGUUGCUGCAAGCUUGUGUCUUUUCUGGUGGUUGCGCCGAAAGAAGAAGCGCGACCUCGCCCGUCUCGAGGACCUCGCCGACCGCGCUCGCAAGGGCGAGUCGUCAGCCUUCCACUUGUCACACCCCGGCUCGCCAUCGACCUCACGCCACCAGUCGGCUCAGUUGGGUGCCCGAUCCCCCACCAGCAACGGGUCACGGUCUUCGUCGCAGCGCCUCCCCAACGCUCCUGUCGAGCACGAAUAUCGCGAUGCCAACGGAAACACUGUCCGUGUAUACGGCAAGCGGGGGGCCAUCAACGCCGAUCCCAACCACCCCGACAACGGUGGCUCAGGUGACCCCUUCGGCGAUCAUGCCAGUCUGUCCACAGACCGAGCCGAGAGCGGUCACUCAACCAACGUUGUGCCCAUCCAUUACGUUCCAGGCCAGGAGUCGCCCGCCGCGCGCGCAGGCCAGGCAGCAAACCCAUCACAGCAAGCUGCUGCGGCGCGAACCCUUGAUCAGGCUCGCCAGAACCUGUGGCGUCCCCGUGCUCCUCCGCCUCGCCCUGCCCGUGCUCCCGACCUUGACCUGCGCCUUAACCCGAUGCAGCAGGCCGAACACAACCAGUUGCUUGCAGAGGGCGGCUCGUCGCGCGACUCGUUCCGGUCAGGCAUCUCUGUUACACCAUCGUUCCUCUCGGGUGCCACUGGCGACCUCCACAUUGAUGUUCCCAAGAUCAUGACACGCCAGGCUGUGCAGGUCGGCCGUUUGCAGACCGCCGAAAUGGUUCAGUUUGGUGUUCCCCAUCCUGUUUCAUUUGGUGCGCAGCAGACGACAAGCGAGGAGACGGCAUCUUCCACAGGGUCAGAUCCUUUCACCGAAAGGCAUGCCGAGAUGCUCAACUUGACACCUCCAAGCACAGCGACACCCCACGCCGGCGGCAUGCCUGCGCAGUCGAGCACGUCCCUGGCCUCCCGCGCAUUCGAUGACGAGGGCAAUGUCUCGCAGCCGAGCCCAACCGACUUGCGUUUCUCGAUGGGAUCUUUGGCAUAUGACCGCACUUCCAUAUCCACUCAGGGAACAAGCAACCACAACCACGGCCGGUUCCUGAGCCCUCAAGACCAGCCUCCCGUUCCCAGCCUCCCUGCCGGCUACGAUCGUCAACGUUUCCAGUCCAUCUCCUCGUACAAGUCGACUGGCAACGACUCGCUUCUCGGCUCCUUCCCCAUGAUCCCUCCUGCAUCUGGCGGUGCCAAUGCUUCCAACCCCGACCUCACCUCCUCACAGACAGGUUCUGCUCCACCCCCAACAGCCUUCAAGGCCACUCCCGGCGCUGGCGCCGGUGCCGCCCCCGGUGGGCGUCCUCUCACCGCCACCUCGGCCCACUCGCUCGCUGACUCGUUCCUCGGCCGCUUCCCCUUCGUUCCACCAAACGUUGACGCAGACGGCUCUUCCAGGACUUCGGGACAAGCUCACCCCUCGCGCCUGACGCUCGGGAUGAGUAACGUCUCGGGUCUCGGCGGCUUCGAGUUUAGCUUUGACCGGUCUGGUAGCGGCGUCGAGGAUGUCCCCCCUGUGCCCGCCGGGUCUAGAAACACCCAGUCUGCGGCGGGUUCGGCAGCACCGGCCGCGCCUCCGUCGCCGGCAUCAGGAGCGCCUAGGGAAUAAGUAAACAGUCGGGACACUAUGGUACCUCACCACCUCGUAGACUUUCUCCAUCUAUCUUGUAGGGAUGUUGUGAUACGACCCAUACUUUAUGUCGUCGAGUCGUA